AUGACGUCUGCAAAACUAUUCACAGCACUCCAAGAACAAAGGAAUAUUCGUUUCAUAACCGAGGAAUUACCUGCAAUUGGUGAUUGCGUUACGACUGAACUGGCCACUUAUAAGCUGUUGAAGCUGAUUGGUAAAGGUGGUUUUGGUGUCGUCUUCGAGAGUACUAACGCAAAAAAGUUCGUUUUUAAUGAAUGA